AUGUCUCUCUUCCAGCGCAACUUUUACUCUCCCGACACCUCCUUCACCCCUCUCUUCCGCCUUCUCGAGGACUUUGACAACUACUCUCGACAAGGCGAUGGCACCGUCCAAGGUCGCCGCACCGGCCUCGCCCACUGGCAGCCCAAGUUCGAUGUGCGCGAGACCGACACUGCUUAUGAGCUCCACGGCGAACUGCCCGGCAUGAGCAAGGAAAAUGUCAACAUUGAGUUCACCGACUCGCAGACCCUGCUUGUCAAGGGCAAAGUCGAGAGGACCUAUACCUCCGGCACUCCUCCUGCCGGCGCCAUAGAGGGCAACACCACCGGAGGAGCCAUCGAGGACAAGCCAUCUUCUCACAAGGCGACCGUCGAGGACGCAACCGAAGGUGAGGGCGAAGUCGCAAAGUCCUCUGAGGAAAACAAGCCUGCCGACUCUGCCAAGUACUGGCUCACCGAGCGCAGCGUUGGCGAGUUUUCGCGCACCUUCAGCUUCCCUACUCGCGUCGACCAGGACAACGUGUCGGCCAAUUUCAAAGAUGGCAUCCUGAACAUUGCUGUUCCCAAGGCUGCUAAGCACGAGCCACGACGCAUUGCUAUCAACUAA